GCACACUCUCUCUCUCACACACACAGACACGGUGCAGCCAUGCAUCCUCCUCAUCUCACCCUCCAGCUAACCUACCAGAUGGAUUAACGCACCUCCAAUUCUCUGGAUGUCGCCAGGAACCGUUCCACACAGACAGACCGGGGAAUGGAUUGGAGUUGGGAACAGGAUGAAACAUGGAAAUGCAGCACCACAGGAAGGGACUAUCUCAACGAAGACACCUCUCUACCCACUACCGACAGUAAUGUGACAACUCUUCUGAGAGAUACAAAGGAGUCUGGACUCCCACUGCAGACACAUACACUAAGAGAAUUUGAAAAGCAUCUGAACGACUUGAAAAAAGAAAACUUCAGUCUCAAGCUCAGGAUCUAUUUCCUGGAGGAGAGAAUACAACAGAAAUAUGAAGACAGCAGCGAGGACAUCUACAAAAGGAACAUCGAGCUGAAGGUGGAAGUGGAGAGCCUGAAACGAGAACUAAAUGAAAAAACUGAACUGCUGGAGAGAGCCUCGAAAGCUGUGGAAAACCUGCACAACCAAAAAGAGGCCGACAUUCACCAGAAAUAUGAAGAGAGACAACUGGAAACUGAGCAUGUGCAAGCUAUCUUGCAUAAUAAGAUUCAGCUUCUGCAAGAGGAAGUCAGACUGGCCAAGAAAGAAGCAGAGAAGAUGGUCGCUGUUGCAGAGGCUGAGAAACUCCGAUCCCUUGAGUUGGAGGAGAAACUAAGCAAUUGUAAUCAGGAAAACCAAGAGAAACUCAAAUUAUGGGAGUCUCAUGAACAAGCUCUAAGAGAAAAAAAUAGAAUAAUAGAGCAGCUGACCCAAGCACUAAGAACCAAAGAUGUUCAUUUAGGUCAAUUAAAUAAGGAAAAUCAGUAUGCGGUGGAUAACCAUGUUGGUGGUUUAGAAUAUCGUGUUGAAGAGCUCACCGAUACAUUACGGCAAAAAGAAAGUGAAGUUGAAGAUUUGCAAGAUGAACUGGGCAGAGAGAAGUUGCGGACCCAACAAGAAAUGCAACAAUCCCUCAACUACAGUAUUUUGAAGCAAGAGGCUAAAUUGUUUGAGGUAAGAAAACUACCAUGA